UUAAAACAGGUCGAGCGAGCUUGCCAUAAAGCCCAGAAACAUCCAGAAAGCUUCCAGAGCAAUGUUACCCUGAACAAUGUAAUAGUGCAAUGGCAAAUGAGUCUGAGCACUAUUGAGUUAAAGCUGGGAAUCUCUGGUGAAUAUGACAUUUUGCAGUGCACAAUGAAAUAUCCUGCUUUCCGUUUUUCCCGCUGUUUAAUCCCAUGUCAUUAUCAUUGUUACACCAUGAUCGCCAUCAUGCAUCUAUUGAGUUCAAAUAACUGUCCUUAAAUACGUGCCUAAAUCCAUUAAACAACUAUCGUUUGUUUGUCGUUUUUGACAGCCUAAAUCCGGUAAAAGGAAGUGAAUUAAUCAAGACACUAUCAUGCGAGAGUGAAUGCCAUCAGAACGAGGAAUUUUAAUACCCAUAAACCUGCAGCCCAUUUUCGUCUUUCCAUUGCGGUUGCUUGCACUCCUUCACGCUUUUUCCGUGACGGUUUUCUGGUAAAUCCGGGUUCAUGAGACGGCUAAGUGACCCCUGGCCUUGUUGUGCUGUUUUACGUCAGUCUGCUUCUUAAUCCCCUGUCUCUUACAACAUUCAACACUCAUGUGUUACUCUGGCAUUUCCGCCUCGGGAAAUCAAUUUUGUUUUUGUUUGUCUUGUAAAGUAUUGCACUUAUCUAAAUUAUUUUUAAACUCUUACGGAUCAGCACCUCGCCAACUGACCAAUCACAGGACUGUCUGUGUAGUGUUAACGCGGGCCCCACUCGAUAAGGUCCCGCCCUAAUAUCCGGUGUUUUGCCACACGCGCUAGACGACACAGUAAAGGGUCGCAUCAUAAGCCAGCCAGCAAACUUAUGCGUCACACAGCACAGCUGGAACAUGGCCCAACUCAAUUCAAAACAAUCUAUUACUUUCUCAAUCGAUGGUAUUCUUAGCUCUGGAAACGAAAACGAAAACCUGCGAAGAAACUCGGUGGUUUGUAGAGAAACCUCCUGCAAAAUUGAAACGAUUCCUUCGGGUACAAAAUCGACGACAAACGGUGAAAGCAGUACUAUGCUAGCGAGUCACAACAGCAAGACUAGGAUGAAUAAAGAAUCAGACUACAGCCUGAAAGAAACUGGCGAUGCAGACAGCAUGGAUGCCACAAAGCCGAAAUCGUCCAACCCUAAGAAAAAGAGACGUGUAUUAUUUUCAAAGGCUCAGGUUUUUCAACUAGAGAGUAGAUUUCGCGUCCAAAAGUACCUUUCGGCCGUUGAGAGGGACCAGCUGGCGAGAAUGAUAAACUUAACGCCUUCGCAGGUAAAGAUUUGGUUCCAGAACCAUCGUUACAAGAGUCGCCAACAGAUUAAACAAGACGGGCAAUUUGAGGAGGAUAUCAAGGCACCUUGUGGAGGACACUACCAUCCUGCAGAGGUCCCGUGCUUACAGCCGUGCCCUUAUUACGAGCCAAGGGACUCGAUCAAUUCAUUCCCCUCAGCCUUUAUGCCUUGGGCACCGGUGUGCCCGUCUCCUUCACUGUCUCCAAUGAACAGUUUCUCGAUAGCAGCGCGGCAAAAUCAACAUUUUACCAGCUAUCCUUCGUGUCAGUAUGAGGCCCAGAGACAGCGUCUCUAUCAUCCUUCAGUAUUUUAUUAGUGUCACCUCCCAUCACUCUGUAAAGAUAACUUUUUAAGAAAUAUUGUAACCACUAAGGACAAGAUUGGUUUAUGAUUCAUUCAUUUCAUUCAUUCAACGAAUUCUUUCUAACCCAAAUUUGCAAUGACUCGAUCGAGAUUUAUACGAUGCAAUUUUAGUCAGGGUCGGCCAUGGGAUG